GCGAAUGUGACAGAAAAGCGCCUCUAUCGAUUAAAUAUGUAACUAAUUGACGUCACAUUCACACGUGCUUCGUUCGUCGUAAACACAAAUAUUUGUGUUUUUUUUUUUUCAAAAAAAAAUAAUAAUGAUGAGUUUAAUUUUCUGAAUACAGAAAACCUUUCACAAAAAUGAGUAUCGUCCCUCAGAGAAUGUUUUAUUACUGGAAUCAUUUUCCCUUUGAAGACUGCUGUCGGUGGCUAAGUUAUGGAAAUGGUUAUAUUUUGUCUCUUAGGGAAGUUUCUUUUGGAAUUAGUGACGGUAUGUUUUUUAGAAAUUUGUCUUUCAACAAUGCUCUCGACUUUAAAUUAAAUGCGAGGAGAAUUAAUCCAGAAAGAAUUGAUCUUGGUCCUGUUUAUAAUAUUUCACCAGCUUUGGCUGUGAUUGAACAAUCAAAGUCACUAUUUAAACAAUCUGUGACACAAAGAGAAGUAGUGUUUGAUAUUGAUAUUUCCGAUUACGAGGAAGUCAGAACUUGUUGCAUUGGUUCCAAUCUUUGUCGAAAAUGUUGGAAAUACAUGGCAAUUGCCUGUAAAGUUAUAGAUCUCGCUUUAAGAGAGGAUUUUGGCUAUUGCCACAUUUUGUGGACCUACUCUGGAGGUCGAGGAGUUCACUGUUGGGUUUGCGACGAAGAAGCUCGAAAAUUAAAACCUGCUGAACGAGAAGCCGUCGGUGAUUAUUUACAAAUCAUAAAAAGUGGCGCUUUUAACGUAAAGAAAGUUCAUUUCGAAAAAGUCCCACAUCCCUCCGUAAAAAGAGCUUUACAAAUAAUCGAGCCAGAAUUUGUAAAGACUUGUGUCGAGGAACAAAAUAUUCUGGGAACGGAGGAAGGAAUGCAAAUUUUUUUGCGAAUGAUUUCUUCCCUUUGCAAUUCGGAAACUGUGAAAGAAGAUUUGAAAGAGAUAUUCGAUACUCUCGAAACUUCCGGGCAAAGAUGGAAAGCUUUUCUUGAUUUUUUUAAGAAAACGAACGAAUGGAGAACCGUGUUUGUGGCAGAAGAAUUAAUGAUCCAAUAUUUCUAUCCCAGAUUGGACAUUGGCGUCACAAAAGUUUUAAAUCACUUGCUGAAAUGUCCCUUCAGUCCUCACAACAAAACGCAAAAAAUCUGCAUUCCCUUCGACGUGGAAAAAGUCGACGAUUUUGACCCAACAACUGCCCCGAAUAUUCCCUCUUUAUUCGCUGAAACUCAACUUGAAAAGGCAGGCGAGACAAACUUGCCAGCCUUAACGAAAUUUCGCGAGGGUGUUCAAGUUUUUCAAAAAUUUGUCAGCAAACUCGAGAAAUACAAAUGCUACGCUUAAUUUUUUAAUUAGUCUCUAAAUUGUAAAUAGUUC